AUGCAAGUACCCGUUCGAAGAAAAUUGGUCAUUGUGGGCGAUGGCGCUAGUGGAAAAACGUCCCUUUUAUACGUAUUCACGCUUGGAGAAUUCCCUACUCAAUACCACCCAACAGUGUUCGAAAACUACGUCACAGACUGCCGAAUCGAUGGUAAACCAGUACAGCUAGCGUUGUGGGACACUGCUGGACAAGAAGAAUAUGAGCGGCUUCGACCACUCAGCUAUCACAACUCCCACGUUAUUCUUAUAGGCUUUGCACUUGAUGUGCCUGACUCGCUAGAAAGUGCACAGACCAAGUGGGUCGCCGAGGUUCGACGCUACUGUCCGGACAUACCGUUCAUAUUGGUCGGAUUGAAGAAAGACUUACGUACCUCCAAAAACCGUGAACUCUUUGUCCAAACGGAAGAUGGAGAACGUGCUGCACAGGCCAUGGGAGCCAAGAAAUAUUUAGAGAGCUCGUCCUUGACGGGUGAAGGUGUUGAUGAUAUUUUUGAACUUGCCACUCGACUCAGUCUUCUUUUGACGCAGCCAAAGAAGGAAUCAUGCUGCACUAUAUUGUGA